AUGCUGGAGACCUUGCGGGAGCGGCUGCUGAGCGUGCAGCAGGAUUUCACCUCCGGGUUGAAGACUUUAAGUGACAAGUCAAGAGAAGCUAAAGUAAAAAGCAAACCAAGGACUGUUUCAUAUUUGCCAAAGUACUCUGCUGGAUUGGAAUUACUUAGCAGGUAUGAAGAUACAUGGGCUGCACUUCACAGAAGAGCCAAGGAAUGUGCGAGUGCUGGAGAGCUGGUGGAUAGCGAGGUGGUCAUGCUUUCAGCACACUGGGAAAAAAAGAAGACGAGCCUAAUAGAGUUACAGGAGCAGCUUCAGCAGCUUCCAGGUUUAAUAGCAGAUUUAGAAUCCAUGACAGCAAAUCUGAUGCAUUUAGAAACUAGUUUUGAGGAGGUAGAAAACCAUCUGCUGAAUCUGGAGGAUUUAUGUGCACAGUGUGAAUUAGAAAGAUGCAAACACAUGCAGUCCCAACAACUGGAGAACUACAAGAAAAAUAAGAGGAAGGAACUUGAAACCGUCAAAGCGGAACUGGACGCCGAGCACAGUCAGAAGGUCCUGGAAAUGGAACACACGCAGCAAAUGAAGCUGAGGGAGCGGCAGAAGUUCUUUGAGGAAGCCUUCCAGCAGGACAUGGAGCAGUACCUCUCCACCGGCUACCUGCAGAUAGAGAGGCGAGAGCCCAUGGGGAGCAUGUCGUCCAUGGAGGUGAAUGUGGACAUGCUGGAGCAGAUGGACCUGAUGGACGUGAGCGACCAGGAGGCCCUGGAUGUCUUUUUGAAUUCAGGCGGAGAAGAUAAUGCUGUGCUGUCCCCCGUCUCAGGGCCUGAGUCAAAUCCUGGUCAGAAGGAAAUGACUCUCCCGGUUCCAGAUCUCUCGGAAUUACCAGCGCAGCCGCCUUCCUCAUCCUCCACCUGCACUGACCCAGCCACCCAGGACUCCAGCGAAGGCGGAGAGUCCCCCGUCGUGCAGUCUGAUGAGGAGGGAGUUGAGGUGGACACUGCCCUGGCCACUUUGCACAGCGACGACAGCGACUCCUAA